AUGUUCCAUGGAUUGCCAAGUGAAGACCCCAUUGACCACCUUGAUGAGUUUGAUAGGCUUUGUGAUUUGACAAAGAUCAAUGGUGUCUCUGAAGAUGCCAUCAAGCUGAGACUCUUUCCUAUGUCUCUAGCUGACAAAGCUCACCAAUGGGAGAAGAGCUUGCCCCAUGGCACAAUCACCACUUGGGAUGAAUGCAAGAAGGCCUUUCUUGCUAAGUUUUUCUCCACCGGUCGCACAGCCAAGCUUAGAGGAGAGAUAUCCAGCUUCAUCCAGCGAAACAAUGAGACAUUCGCAGAGGCUUGGGAGAGGUUCAAAGGCUACACAAGAUGUGAUGAUGGCUGGCAGCUUGUGGAGAACAUAGCUAACUCAAUGGAAGCUAUGGAGAAGAGUAUGAUCGCACCAACCGGAGCUCGACCCACCACUCGAUCGAGUCAGACGAAAAGUUGA